CUCGCUCAUUGCUCUUUCAAUACAAAGAAUACAUCAAAAGGAGGAAUGAAAUUAACCCCAAAUAUGGACAAAAUGGGAAAAAUUAUCUUUUAUCAGGACAAAAACUUUCAGGGACGUUGCUUUGAGUGCAGCAAGGACUGCCCAGAGCUGUCAUCCCACUUCAGCCGCUGUAACUCCAUCCAAGUUGAAAGUGGGGCCUGGGUUUUGUAUGAACGUCCAAACUUCAUGGGCUGCCAGUACAUCCUAACCAGGGGAGAGUAUCCUGAUUACCAGCACUGGAUGGGAUACAAUGACUCUAUAAGGUCUUGCCGCAUGGUGCGAAAUCAUACUGGCAUUUUCCGUGUCCGUCUGUAUGAGCGGCCUGACUUCCAGGGUCAGAUUAUGGAGUGCAGUGAGAACUGGCCCUCUCUCUAUGACCGCUUCUGUCACCAUGAGGUACAGUCCUGUAACGUUCUGGAUGGGGCCUGGGUCUUCUACACUCUUAAAAAUAAAGGUGCUUCAAAAGGUUCUUCAAGC